AUGUCCAGUAUUCUACUGUAUGCAAUCGAUCCGUUUGUUCCAGUGAAGAUGAAACGUGAGGAUACCAAGCCUGCCUGGUCAAAUGGUGCCCUGAAGUAUCUUAAAAGAGUGAAGCAGUCUGCUUUAAGACAGUUUAGCAAGCACCGUACAAGAGCAAAGUAUCUGAAGACGAAUGCUGAGUAUAAACAGCUCAAUAAUCGUCUCUACAGUGCUUAUCAAGACCGUCUGCAGAGUCGCCUUAAGGUAAAUCCUAAAAGGUUUUCGUCUUACGUCAAAAACCAACGUAAGGAAUCCGGUUUACCAUCUACGUUGACCAACGGUUUAAUGGAAGCUGAUACGACUACCGACAUCGCUGACCUGUUUAGCUCUCAGUUCUGUAAUGUGUUUGUCAAUGAACACAUCGAUCCGCAGGAUGUUGCUGCUUCUACCAGAAACGUACCUCGACUUCUUGCUUCUGAGCUGGAUUUUGUUAUCACUGACGAUAGAGUAAUUGCAGCAACUAAGAACAUGAAAACCUCCACAGGAUGUGGUCCGGACGAGAGAUGCUGGAAACAGUCGUAUGUUUUUCCAGUAUAUAAGAAAGGCCACAAACGGAGCGUUUCGAACUACCGAGGUAUUGCUGCAUUAUGUGCCACCUCGAAGUUGUUUGAGCUGAUCGUGCUUCAGGCGUUAAUGCAAAGUUGUUCACAGUAUAUCUCAUUGGAACAACACGGAUUUAUGCCUAAGCGUUCCACUAACUUGACGUGCUUCACCUCGUUCAUGAUACAUCAAAUUGAGAAUGGACUACAAGUAGACGCUAUCUACACCUACUUAUCCGCAGCGUUUGAUAAGAUGAAUCAUCGAAUAGCAGUAGCUAAAUUUGACAAACUUGGAAUGAGCAACCAAAUGGUCAUCUGGAUCCGAUCGUAUCUAACUGGUCGUAGCAUGUCCGUCAAAAUUGGAGAUCACGUUUCAUCACCGUUUCCGGUUUGGUCUGGUGUUCCGCAGGGCAGUCACCUAGGAUCAUUUUUGUUUCUGCUGUACAUGAACGAUGUCAACUUCACGAUGAAAUGUCUGAAACUCUCGUAUGCCGAUGACCUGAGCUCCACUACGUGA